AUGACUAACGAGUCGAAAUUCGAGAACUGGAAUUUUCUACCGGAGGAAAUGAAACUGUCGUGUAUUCGAUUUAUGGAUUUCAAGACACGAUACCGUCUUCGUGCCACGUCUCACACAGAACGUCGUCUAGCUGAAGCUCAAAAGUUCAGCUGGGAAUCUGUUAAAAUAAGAAGCUGGGGCAGAAGAAAAGAGAUUCGUCUGAAUUUUGGAUUCAGACCUAAAACCUCCAUUUAUUAUUACGAAAAUCAGAUCGAGUCAAUGAUUGUUCCACUUUUUUCAUUCAUUUUCAACACUGUCAAACUCGGGAAAUUCGACUUUUCCAGGACCGAUUAUGAUUUUUAUCAACAUCUUCAACAUUUCGUCGCUUCUUCCCCUUAUCAGAUCGAUUCCGUUUCCGGCACCUUUACUUUCCAAACUCUCCGAUUUUUGAAUAACUUUGCACCUAAUUCAAUCAAACAUCUCGAACUGGAAUAUGAACCAUUAGGUCAUGAAGGACGGUUUCCAAUCAAUCAGUUCGUACUUUACCCAAUGAUCAACUCUAUCAAACUCUGGUAUCUGACUGUUGAGACAAUUCCAGAUUACGAGAGGAUCGCUCGGAAAUGGAUGGAAAUCGAUGUAGACGUGGGCUCGGUAAUGUUUUUCAACUAUUACGAGAAUCGGACGACUGACGAUUUCGUAUCAGGAAUGGAAGACUAUACAGUCGUUCAAAAAUCGCCGAAUUUAGUCCGGAUGGAGAUGAAGGACAAAGAGAAGCACAUGGUGUUACUCUCUCUCGGUGCCACUGCUCACAACGAACGAAGUCUUGUGAACAACGCUUCUGAGAGAAUUUACAUCAAUUCUUUUUCUAUAAGAGAUAGAAGUGAUAGUAGAGAUUUGGAGAUUCGAUUUCGCGAAAGAGGAAAUCCGGAGCAGAUCAAAAUAUUCCGUGAAGAUCAAAUCGUUUUGAAAGCAAUACCAUUACUUUCCUAUUUGUUCAAUAAUGGAUAUAUCCAUAGUUUAGGAUUAUAUCUCAACAAGGACCAAGAAUCAAUUCGCAUUCUGACAAGACUCACUGGAGAAUCUCCAUUCUACAUUAGAGGAGUCAGAGGACAACUUCAUCUCGAACACUUUCCGUUUUUUGCCAGAUGCGCCGCCAAUUCAAUGAAAGGCAUGACUUUGCGCUAUGAAAAACUAGAGAUGUUUCCAGUCGACCGAUUUCUAGCGCUUCCAGCGGUGAACUCUAUCGAAUUCUGGCGGAUCGAUGUGAGUUUCAGCCAUGAUCUUGGCGUUGCUAUCAUUCGGAAAUGGAUAGAAAGAGAUGUCAAAAUUGGGUCAACUCAUAAAAUUUCCAGUUGUGGGGGCAAACCGAUGGACGAUUUUAUAGCCGAGUUUGGACAAGAUCUAAUACUGGAUAGAACUGACACUAUACUUCGCAUAAAAACAAGAAACCCUUCGAAACAUCUCAUAUUGAAAACUUAUAACCAUUCCGAUGGAUGUGUUUUUAAAAUGGUCCCUUCUGACUUCAAACCAUCAGAUUACUCAAAAAUUCCUAAUCGAGACCACACUUCAUUGAAUAAACUUUCGCGUGUCUGA